AAACAAACAAACUCUUUAGCUUUAUAAUAUUAGUAUAGAUGAGUGUGCGCUUGGUCUCAGUAGAUCAGAAACACUGCCAUAUACAACUCAGUCGUCUAUCAGAAACCUUGAAACACAACUCUCAGUACAACUAUAUUUGCUGUAACCUCAUCCUAACUAUAUCGGAAAAUAUUUGUAAAGUUUUAGAAGUAUAUCAUUACGCAAACUGAAAUUUCACGAAGCAGUAAAUUAUUGAAAGAAAUAAAUAAUUUCGAAGAAAAUUGUUCCGAUACAGAGUAUGAUGAAAGUGAUCUAGUUGAAAAUGAAAAUGAAUACCUUCCAUUAAACAACGAAAGUCCAAGCGAGUCAUCCGAUACCGACAGUGAAGAGGAAAUACUUCGACGUUUGCGUAGAAAAGUAAAAGAGUCCAAGUUUUUUCUAAUUCUGAAAGUGAAAGUGAUCAGGAUGUUGAAAUGUCUGAAAUCGAUCAAGAUACUGAAAUAUCUGUUGACGGCACUAUGUGGAAAAAACUGAAAGAGGGCUCAACACCAGGAAGAUUAUCAGUACUCAACAUUUUCAAAGAAAUGUCAGGACCGACGGCAUACGCGAAAAGACAUAUUAUGAAAGAUGCUCAUCGAAUUCUGAAUAACCAUGACUGGACUGUAUCGUUAGCAGAGUUGAAUGCGUUUAUAUUAAUUUUAUAUACUCGUGGUGCAUACGAAGCAAAAAAAAAGUUUGAUAUAAAAUUCUGGUUGGCGUCGGAUGUAAAAAGUAAAUAUGUUGUAAAUGCAUUUUCCUACUUAGGAAAGGACGAAAAGAGAUUAUCCGUACCUUUAGGUGAAUUUGUCGUCCUAAAAUUUAUAGAUCCAUAUAUUAGUUGCGGAAGAACAGUUACAAAAAAGGAUAACAUGUCUCGUUUCUCGACAGUACUUUAUAAAACAGAAAAAUAUACUCUGAUCAUAUAUAAGAGUAACCCCAAUAAAAAAGUAUAAGUGCUCAGUUCAAAACAUAAGUCAGUGAAAAUUCAAAAAGAUGAUAAACGUUUACCUGGAACGAUUACAUCUUAGAACAGUAAUAAAUUUGGCGUAGAUGUUACGAAUCAAAUGGCUCGGAAAUAUACUCGGAAAUAGCUGGAUCCCAAAGAUGGCCAUUACAAGUGUUUUACAAUAUUUUAGAUUUUGCCGGAAUAAUUUCAAGAAUAGACUUUUUAUUCCAUUUAUCCGAAGAACUUGCAAUUUACUACAAAGAAUUGACCGGUUGAUCCACAGAUCAAGUAAAAGGCAUAUCAUCAUCUAUAUCGUCACAAAACUAGACACAUAUUUCGAUGAAACGUAAAAGGUGUCAAAAAGCACAGUGCACUAAUAAUAAAACGAACAACAUUCGUGGUAUAUGCCAUAAACGAGCCUGUGGUAAAUGUUCUGCUAAAAUAUCUGUAACUUGCAAAAAAUGUUUUUGACUCUUAUGCAUAAUUAUUUAAAAAAUUACUGCUAUUAUAUUACUAUUAUUAUUCAGAUUAUAUUCAAGUUUUGUUCAUAAAAUUACAAAGUAUAUAAUAUAAAAACUUAAAAAUUGCUGUAUUUUCUUAUAUGUCUUUUAGUAAUUUAAGAAACAAGUCAUUUUGACCCCUCCUGUAGAAGUACGUAUACGUCAAUCGUCGCUAGUUCUAGUGUUAAGACUUAUUUUCUAUUUUUAUUUCAUAUUA